AUGACCGUAGAUCUCAACAUCUUCAAUUUAGGGAAUCAGCCGAGCGGUCCAUCAGAUCAACCCCCAAAAAUGAACUUCAUUCAGGGAACAUCAUAUGAAGAUUUAGAAGAAGAAUUUACUACUGUGGAUUCUGGAAGCAAAGCUCUAGAAUUUCUUGGGUUGCAGCAAGAUGAGCAAGUAGAUUCAUCAUCUUCUGCUUUUUAUAUAUACUUUUUAAAAAUUUUGUCUUUUAUUUAUUUUGAAAAUAUUCACAAUCGCCUCAAGGAUAUCCCAGUUGUGAUCAUGUCAUCUGAGAAUGUGCCUUCAAGUAUCAACAGGCUUCUGACUCCAAAGAACUCGAAGACAAAGACAACAAGUAUUGCAGUUGCUGAAUGUGGUGGAUUCAUUUACUACGCUCGCUUCUCAUCAAGAAGUGGCAAUAAAGCUAAAACAAUUGACAAAGUCAAAGAAGCAAGAUACAUUCUCGAGCUUGAUCAUGUCAAAGUCAAUUUCCAAGAGUCUACAUUCCAUUGAGAUGAGGUUGACGGAGUCAAUUGAAAGGUUAGGUCAAGCCACCGAGUGUUAAUUCCAUAGUCAAUAUUUUUUUACUAAUUCUGAAACAUACUAACAGAAUUAUAGAUGAUAAAGGUACCAUUUAUGGAUAUAUUUUAUAGUGGAGGUUAUAUUUUACUAAGGAUGUACUUAAUCUUUGUCCCUGAUGGUUUAUAUGAAUUUUACUAAGCAUUACUUAUAUAUUUGAUUAGCUUUUGAAUUUAUAAAUUGAAGGUCAAUGCAAUGUAAUGAUAUUUGGUUUCUCCUAGCCUUUUGCAUUUAUUAUGAUUUCUUAUAUUCUUGCCUCUAGAAGUCUGUUAGGUAAUUAUGAAGAUGAUCACAAACUAAGGGGAUUACAAUAUACUUACUCUUUGAUAUAUUGUUUUGAUUAUUACUUAAUCUAAUUAUUUUUUUGCCCCUUGCUUAAAUUUUUACUGUCUGCUCAAGAGAACUUGAGACUAAUCAAAUAUUUUAUAAUUCUGUUCUUCAGUCUCAUAAUUUGUUUCGCUUGAGAUAAUUUAUAUCUCCUCGCCUUUUCUUUUUGCAGGAGUUAAGUUAGGCUUCCAGUUUGAAUUUUAUUGUUUUCAAGUUUAUCUUCAAUUUAAUGGUUGUGAAAUUUUAUUAGCACUAUAGGGUAAGAAGAACCCUCGCAACCUUCAAUUUCUCUCUCUGAAGAGAGUUUUCCCCCUUUUUGCUUACGUUUCAGUUUUAGAUGCAAUUACUUUUUUGAUACAUGAUUUUUUAUGAUUUCUCUCUCUGAAGAUAGAACUAUAUAUAUGGAGCCGUGGAACCUUUUGGUCUGUCUCAGCUAUAAACAAGGGUGUAUAGAAAGCUCUUAUUGUUUUUCAUUCAAGUUUUAUUUUGCUUUGAUACUCUUUAAACUUAACAUGGAGAUCUAUCGUAUUGCCAUCAUGAGUUUAUAUAAUUAUAAUAUAGUGUCACUUGGAAGUGCUUAUUUGUUGAAAGAACUCAUUCUUUAUUGCCAUUCACCAUACGUUUGUGUUGUCUGUGUUGUCUAUGAUUUUAGAAUUUAUAUUUUAUUUGAAUAUGCAUUGAAUUUAUAAUACAAAUGUGACUAUGAAUUGUGUUUUCUGAUCUCUGAUACUGAUAUCAUACAUUAAUCCUUAUCAUAUUUUGUGAUUAAAUAAUCUUUAUAAUUUCUCAAAUACAUGUGCUGGACUGUACGUGAAAGUUAUCCAUUUAAUAUAAUUGAUUAUUUUUAUUACAAAGAAAAUUAGGUUUCAUACAAUAUAAGUACAUCUAACUUAUUUUGCAUUUAAGUUUAGAAACUUAGCAAAAGUAGAGAAAACAUGCAUUUAAGCAUAAAUACAUUCAAUUGAAACUUAACAAUAAUUCUUUAAAUUGAGAACAAUGCUGAAAUUAAGAAAGACAACAAUAAGUGUUAUCACAGUAGUGCAAGUGAUGCAUGAAAAUAUGUACACAUAAACGAAACAUCUGUACAACAAAUUUUGCUAAGUACGAAAUUUUUGCUCCAUAUAUAUAGUUCUAUUUUAUUUUCUUCCAUUCUUUUGAAUCCAUAAGAAGGACAUCUGUACAACAAAUCCAGUAUGCUUUAAGGUACAUCAAAAUAAUUACAGAUCCUUUUUUCCUAAAAUUUUAUAAGUACUGAUGUAUUUUUGGAUUGCAGAUAGUAGAUCCAACUGCAAUUGGCUAAAUGCUAAUGGCUUAUGGUUAUGGAGGUAGGUAAAGCUUAUAUUUCUUGAAAAACUUGACACUCUUUCAAACGCUUAAGAAGGAAAAGAGAAAUUGGAGGAUACCUAUGAAUACUUAA